CUUGUUUAUAAACUUAUCUUUGCAGCGAGAGACACCGAAAUUUCGUUAAUAAUGACUGUGAUCAAACGCAUUUCAAUUCCCAUUGUCAAGAAAAUUGUCCACGUGAUUGUACUAUUAAGUUUUCUGCAGUCCGUCACUGCCAUAACUGCUAGCAUUAGGUCCGAAGUCGAGGGUGAAGGAUUUCAUAGGACAUUGAAGUACCAUGUAGAUACUGGAACCUUUAUGAAUGAUAGUUGCUACGUUGCAGUAUUUGUACAAUUGCCACCUUUCCUGUACGUCAACGCAGACGAAUUAGCCGACCUCAGGCGUCUUGACAAAAUUAUGGCGUGCUCUGAGGGAGAAAUUGAUGUUGAAUUGUUUGCUGAAAAGGCACAUUACCAGAACCUCACUGUUUGCUCGAAAUUGUCAAGUACAAAAACUACUCUUUCAGUUCCAAUUCACCAGCGUUACAGAUUUUCCACUGAUACUGGCCAACCAAUUCACGUGUCAAUACCUCGACCUCUUUUAUUCAUAGGAUGUAAAGAUAGAAUAAAAGAGCAUCGUGUUUCCAAGAUUAGAAUAGGCUGGCCAUGUAUUGAUCUUGUCAAGAAGUGGAGGGACGUUUUUUAUGUCUGGGAAGGUGAUCGUGGUUUUGUUUGGAAAAUACCGGCUGGUAACACGUCUAGAAAAUAUGUAGUGACAGGUGUUACAAUGCUUGUAACUCUUUUGGGUGGUGCUUACGUUCUUUGGUCGAUCCACAAAUCUUUCAAAGUACCUUCAGAGAAAAAAAUCAAGGACAGUUAAAUUUAUUAGCAAAGAACAAUCUUUGAAUUUUCGAAAAGUCAGCACAUUGUCUUUAUUUUUGUAAAUAAUAUUUAUAGGUUGACACUUCUCGAUUUAUUGUACAUUGAACGUACCUCAUUCUUGUGAUAUAACUAUUUAAUAACAAUAAUCCACGCAUUAUCAUAAGCAAUAAGUAAAUUUAAAAAUUCAAUA